GUAACAUUCAUUCACGGUUCAAAUAACUUAGGAAAUAUCUUGGUUCGUGUACAGGAACAUGGGGACACAAAAUCCAGUGGAACGAUUCCUUCUGUGCCUUGUCAUCUUAUUAACGACCGGUGGAUAUUGUCAAAUGGGAAUACCUCCUGAAUGCGCUCCAGGGGGACACACACUUCUGCAGAACCCCUACCGGAGCGUCAGCUUCAACUCUCAGCGUCUGCAGCACUCCUCUCUGCAGGACUUUGUGUGCGAUCACUCCCUCACUCCAGGCUGGUAUCAGUUCCAGAUCUUUGACAAGCCUGCCAGCAUGCCCACGGAAUGUGUGGAGGUGAACCACUGCGGGACCCAGGCCCCGGUGUGGCUGUCUCUGGGCGAGGGGGAAACUCUGCCACCAUCCCUGGAGGUGAAGCAGCUCACUGCCUGUGCAACCUGGCAGUUUGUCUUCAGCAGCAGCAAGGACUGCUGUCUCUUCCGCAUCCCCGUCACUGUGCGCAACUGUGGCCACUUCUACGUGUACCUGCUGCAGCCAACACAGGGGUGUAUGGGCUACUGUGCACAGGUAAUGCCGGACUCAAAGCCAGUCUGCAGCCCUGAGGAGAUGGACAUGGAUGGGACUUGUAGAGCUAAACAGCUCCCGGCUCCAAGGUCACCCGAGAUCACAGCGGAGAUUUCGGGCCACAGCGUCGUCCUGAAGUGUAGUUUCGGGGGUCAGAGUCCAAACAGCUCAUUGGGGUACAUCGUGGCAUGGUCUCGCCUCUCCCCCGAGGGAGACAAGGAGGAGCUCAAGCAGGAAACGACCAUCCAGACCUUCUCUUUCAUUGAGCUGGAUGGAAUUAACCUGCGACUGGGGGACAAGAUUUACUGUGGCUGCUCCAGCUUCUUCCUCGACUCACCACACAUUCGAGGGACGCCCGCGGAAAGCAAGGAGUUCUUCGCAGGGAUCAGGUUGAAUCCAGAGGUGGUAUCUAUCUCAGAGGAUGGAGAAGAGUAUGAGUUGACCUUGGAGAGCACAGUUCCCAUCCCCUGCUCCUCAGAAGGCCAGCCAUCUGAGGGCUGCACUCUCACAUUACACCUGAGCCUGAGCAAUCAAGGGGAGGAUCAGCAGGGCCAAAAUCUGGCCCUUUCCGCCUGUCAGGUGGAGCUCCCACAAUCCCCCUGCCACAAUGGGAGCUGCAGCUCCGCCUCGGUCCACUUCACCGCAGUGACCGACUUCAUCCAAGAUGGAGACAGGACCACCGCCAUAUGGGUGAAACCCGUUGUCAGCCCAAACUUCCUGUGGAGUGGUUACACACCCCAGAGCAUCCAGAUCCAUGUAAAGGAUGUUCCAUCUGCAUACUGCUACUCUUUUACUGACCCUCAUGUCAUUACAUUUGAUGGCAGGAAGUAUGAUAAUUACAAGACGGGGACCUUUGUGCUAUACAAGAGCACAGUGCGGGAGUUUGAAGUCCAAGUUCGUCAGUGGGAGUGUGGCAGCCUACAUUACCCAUCAUCCUGUGCCUGUGGUUUUGUGGCCCGUGAUGGAGGCAAUGUCAUCUCCUUCGACAUGUGUGACGGAGAGCUGCACAACACAAAGCCACACCUCUCUGUGAAGAGAAGAGACCCCACACGAAGCAACAUUCGCAUUACAGAGUCUUACCAGGGCAGGAAAGUGACGAUCACAUUCUCUUCGGGAGCCUUUGUCCGGGCCGACGUGGCGGAAUGGGGGAUGAGUUUGACCGUUAGAGCCCCCAGCUCGGACUUUGGUCACACAGAGGGCCUAUGUGGGACCUUCGAUGGGGAUCCCCAAAAUGACUUUCACAAAGCAGGGGAUGACUCUGUACGGGAUGAUGGAACAUUCAUUUCUGCUUGGAAGCUACCACCUGGCAGCAGUCUGUUUGACAGCAUGCCAUCCUACGAAAGCUCCUCAAACUCCAGGAGCUACUGCUACUGUGAGCGGGAGGCACGCCAGACACCUGCCAGACUCCAGCCUCACCUGACGUGCUCUCACCAUGACAACGUCAGGCUCCCCGUGGUAAUACCCUCGCUGGAUGUCACAGCUGAAUACAUCAACUCUGUGGACCUUGUCAGAGGGGUGGACAAGCGGCAGGCUGUCCCCCGUAGCCAGGGCGGACGGCCCAGCGACCGCGCUGUUCACCUCGCCCCUGGGGCUCCCCCCUACGCCCCCGGCGAAGGACCGCAGGCUCGGAGCAGACGCAGGCGACAGGACUACACGUUUGUGGCCAACUUCCCCUUCCAGAGCCUGAGCCAGACCGACAUCGAGGGCUUCGCCUACUUCUUCCCCGAAGACCACGUGGUGGACAACCAGUCAGAGCCCUCAGCCUCGCCCUCCUGGCCCACGGAGUCCGGCCUGACGCGGGGCCACGCCUUGCAGCUCUGCCGGCACGCUGUUGCUAACUCCAGCGUGGGGGCGGGCUGCGGCCGCUUGCUGGGAGAGGUGCUGGGCAGCGUGAUGGAGAUGUGCCUGGCUGACCUGCAGCUGAAGGAUGACCUGGCCUGGCUGGGCAGCGCUCUGCCCCUGCUGGAGAACGAGUGCGAGAGGAGGCUGAUCUGGGACAGGGAGCGCAGCCAGCUCCAGGACAUCCUGUCCUUCCUCAAGUGCCCUGCCCUCUGCAGUGGGAAUGGCCAGUGCUCUGAAUGGGGCUGUGUCUGCUUCCCUGGGUUUGGCUCCUAUGACUGCAGCGUGCUCUCUGAUCAGAUCCCAGAGAUCACGCAGCUGGAGAAAGCAGGGCUCUGUGAUGUUCGGCAGUAUGACUGCUCCACCGUCCGUGUGUUUGGACAAGGGUUCAAAGACUCCUUCGAACUCAAAUGUGAAGUUGUGAAGGAGAAGUUUGUCAGUGGGCAGUGGGUGCUGGAGGACCCACAGUUCAUUCCAGCCUCCUUCCUCAGCACAACGUCCCUGGACUGUAGGCUCCCGCUGGAGAGCAGUCAGUCUCUUGACAGCCUGGACUUGGAUAUGGUGGAUGACAAACCAAUCGCCAGAUGGCAAAUUAGAGUGUCCAAUGAUGGCUACAGCUUCAGCAAUGCAAAGAUCCUGACUCUGUUUGAUGGCGCAUGUCAAAUCUGCACACCCCACACUGAAGGAGUCUGUACUCUGAAGGAGAAGACGUGUAACAUUGACGGACUGUGCUAUGGAGAGGGGGACCUCAAUCCCAGCAGCCCCUGCCUGAAGUGCCGCCCAGAAGUCUCCAAAUUCACAUGGUCAAUCACAGAAAAGAACGAGCCGCCGGUGUUCCAGGCGGUCCAGGCCCGGCUCCAGACCUUCCAGGGGGAGAACUUUGUGUACCAGUUUCUGGCGUCGGACCCUGAGGGCUCUGCGGUCCUCUUCACUCUGGAGUCCGGCCCGAAGGACGCCCUGCUCUCCCCCGCCGGCCUGCUCAUCUGGAAGGUGUCGUCCACCUCACCGCAGUCCUUUGAGUUCGCCGUUACCGAUGACUGCAGCGCAGAAACAAAGGCUUUUGUAGAGGUCUCGGUGCGGUCAUGUGACUGUCAGAACGGAGCUUCCUGUGUCACAGACAUUAAGUUCCCCCCCGGGAGUGGAGAGUACCUGUGUGUCUGCCCUCCAGGGUUUGAGGGGGACAGGUGUGACGUUGACACGGAUGACUGCGGGUCCAGCCCCUGUCAUUUGGGCAGGUGUGUGGAUGGGCUUAACUCUUACACCUGCAUCUGUCCACCUGGACUGACAGGUCUGUCGUGUGGACAGGAUGUGGAUGAAUGUGCGUCAGCACCGUGUUUCCCCGGAGUUGGCUGCAACAACACGUUGGGGUCGUUUGUGUGCGGAUCGUGCCCUGCGGGACACUCUGGAGACGGGAGGACCUGCAAACGUGGGUUCAGCCUUCAGCACUGCUGUGUGCAUUACGCCUCUCACACUUUCACUGAACAGCAGCCCAAAUACGCAGGGAGACCGUCGCUGACCCCCUGCUCCAGGAGACCCUGUUUCCCAGGGGUGCAGUGCUUCGAGAGCCCGCACCUGACCGCCGGCUACACCUGCGGGCCCUGUCCGUCUGGGCUCCAUGGCAACGGCCACACCUGUACAAGAGGCUCUCCAACUGGUAUGAACCGCCAUGCUCACCCUGCCAGUCACAAGGCAUUGGUUACUGAAUCAUCACUGACACCAACAAUCUGAGUCUCCUUACUUAGAUGAUAAAAUCUCGCUCUCAAAUUCAAAUCCAGCCUUAGUAGUCUUUCCUUUUCUCCUGGGAGGACUCAGACAGGCGCACAGGACAGGAGGACUCAGACAGGCGCACAGGACAGGAGGACUCAGACAGGAGCACAGGACAGGAGCACCUCUGGGUCAGGGACCCCGACGGUACACAAGGCCGGGGCCAGCCAAGACAGGACCCCGCCCUCCUACCCCAGUCCGGAGGGGACAGCCCUGGUGACGUGCGCGGACUCUCCCUGCUUCCCCGGGGUCCCCUGUGUGCCCUCCCAGACGGGGUCCUUCAAGUGCAGCCGCUGCCCCUUCGGAUACACUGGGGAUGGAGUCAGCUGCAAAGCGGUGUGCCGGUACCCCUGUGGACGCAACAUGGAGUGUUCCAGGCCCAACACCUGUAGCUGCAGGGAGGGCUACACUGGAUACGGCUGUCACAUAGCUGUGUGCCGGCCCGACUGUAAGAACCGAGGGAAGUGCGUGAAGCCAAACACGUGUGUGUGCGCCCUGGGGUACAGUGGGCCUUCCUGUGAGGAAGCUAACUGUGAGCCAGCCUGUCAGCACGGUGGAACCUGCCUCGCCAGGAACCUCUGCACCUGCCCCUACGGCUACGUGGGACCCCGAUGUGAAACAAUGGUGUGUAACAGGCACUGUGAAAACGGAGGAGAGUGUGUAUCUCCUGAUGUAUGUAAGUGCCAGUCUGGCUGGUAUGGGCCCACCUGCAGCUCAGCGGACUGUAAGCCAGUGUGUCUGAAUGGUGGGACCUGCAUAAAACCCAAUGUGUGUGUCUGCCCCAGUGGAUUCUAUGGCUCUCAGUGCCAGAUUGCUGUCUGUAAUCCUCCUUGUAAAAAUGGUGGUCUGUGCAUGAGGAACAACGUGUGCUCCUGCCCUGAAGGCUACAAUGGAAAACGGUGCCAAAAGAGUGUGUGUGAUCCCAUGUGCAUGAACAAAGGGAAGUGUGUGGGCCCAAACAUCUGCUCCUGUGCAUCUGGCUGGAGAGGGAAGAAGUGCAGUGUCCCGGUGUGCCUGCAGAAGUGUAAGAACGGUGGAGAGUGUGUGGGGCCAAACACAUGCCAUUGUCCAGCUGGAUGGGAGGGGCUUCAGUGUCAGACACCAAUAUGCAAGCAGAAGUGUCUCUACGGUGGCCGAUGUGUUCUCCCCAACUUCUGCCACUGCCGUUCUGGGUACACAGGCAUGGCCUGCGGGAAAAAGGUUCCACAGGGAUGAGUGGGGAGCUGAAGAAGCUGCAAAUGUGAUAAACUGCUGGGAGUUCUAAACCCAUGAGAAGUACAGCAUUGAGAGGAAGUGUGUGUGUGUUUGUGUGUGUGUGUGUGUGUUUCAGUAUGUGUGGUUUGCUUUGAGAAGAGAUAAUAAUCCAAAAAAGUGAAAAUACUAGAUUGGUAUCAGUGUCCAUCUGUCACUACCUCAUGACACUGGGUACAGUCUGGGUCCUGUGGGGGUUCACCAAACUUAACCCACCUUUAACCUUGGAUCUUGGACUCUCAUAUUGAUUUCUCAUAAUGUGAUUGAUAUUAUGCUCAAAAAUAUUAUUAAAUCCCGGUUUAUCAUAUAAUGCAAUUUAAGUUCUUUUUUAGCGUGCGUGUGUUACUGAGUGUGUGUUUCUCUUUACUUGAUGUGCACUGUGUCAUUUUACACAAUACUAUGCCUGGAACAAUGUUAAAACACUUUUUAUCCUUUGCAUACAAUAUGCCUAACAGAUUAAUUUAAUUCCCUAUUUGUUCAUAAUAGUUUCAUAACCUUUCCCUCAAAGCAUCUAACACAUUUUAAUGACUGUUUAUAUCUGCUUUAUAUCUGAGUAAUUUUGGUUGUAAAGUUUUAUUUUCUCUCUUUGAUAUUGUUGGAUAUUAAAGAGUAAAAGUAAAUGUACUUAAAAAUCAUAUGCAUUGAAAAAAAUGAAGACAGUUUAGCUUCGCUCUGUAUCAGUAUUUUGGAGCAUAAGACCUUUUCUGAAAAUAAAUUAUAGUUGUUGAGUAUUUGAUAUAUUUACUUUUGCUGAAGUAUUUUUAAAUAAAAUAUUUUGAUCUGU